AUUUCUCGAAACCAAGAAGGACCUGGCGAGAUGGGCAAGGCCGUGCUCAUCCCCAAGGAUGAGCAGGAGAAGAUGAAGGAGCUGUUCAAAAUCAACCAGUUUAACCUGAUGGCCAGCGACUUGAUCGCUCUGAACCGGAGUUUACCUGACGUGAGAUUGGAUGGGUGCAAGACAAAAGUCUACCCUGACGAGCUGCCCAACACGAGCGUGGUUAUUGUGUUUCACAACGAAGCCUGGAGCACGCUGCUCCGGACGGUGUACAGCGUGAUCAACCGCUCGCCGCACCGCCUGCUUUCCGAAAUCAUCCUGGUGGACGAUGCCAGCGAGAGGGAGUUUUUGAAGGCCUCCUUAGAGAAUUACGUGAAAAAUCUGGAAGUUUCCAUAAAAAUCAUUCGGAUGGAGCAGAGGUCGGGACUGAUCCGCGCGCGGCUGCGAGGGGCAGCGGCCUCCAAAGGGCAGGUGAUCACGUUCCUGGACGCGCACUGCGAGUGCACCCUGGGUGUGGAGCCGCUGCUGGCCAGGAUAAAAGAGGACAGGAGAACUGUUGUCUGCCCCAUCAUUGAUGUGAUCAGCGAUGACACGUUUGAGUACAUGGCUGGAUCCGAUAUGACUUACGGAGGGUUUAACUGGAAACUUAACUUUCGCUGGUACCCGGUUCCCCAGAGAGAGAUGGACAGGAGGAAAGGAGACAGGACCUUGCCUGUGAGGACCCCUACUAUGGCUGGUGGCCUAUUUUCUAUUGACAGAAACUACUUUGAAGAGAUAGGAACUUACGAUGCAGGAAUGGAUAUCUGGGGUGGCGAGAAUCUUGAAAUGUCUUUUAGGCCGGGGCUGUCGGACUGUUUUCUAUUGAGAGAAACUGCCUUGAAGAUUUUUGUGAAGCCGGUAUUUCUAGAGAAGAUCAACUGA